AUGCAAUGGCGGCGGGGAGUGGAGCUAUUUAUUUUACUCAAUAUUCUUCUUAAUCAAGCAGAGGCACAGAUCCGAUAUUCAAUCCCAGAGGAGAUGAAAAAAGGGUCCCUUCUUGGUAACGUCGCACAAGAUCUUGGUUUGGAUCUAAAAAGGCUCCGUUCUGGGCGGGCCCGUAUCGUGACCGGAGAAAACAUCCAGUACACCGAGCUGAAGACAGACAAAGGGAUUCUAGUCGUGAAUGAGAGAAUAGACCGAGAGCAGCUUUGUGGAGACCUGACACCGUGUAGCUUUACUUUUGAAAUUUUAUUGGAAAACCCGAUGGAGUUACACACUGUGACUAUAGAAGUUAACGUGACCGUGAAAAUAAUGAUACAAGACCAGAACGACAACCCCCCUCAGGUUCUGUAUCCAGUCCAGACUGGUGGCUCUCUGGUGGCUGAAAUGGUUCCUCGUUCAGCAGAUGUGGGCUAUCUGGUGACUAAAGUGGUGGCUGUGGAUGUGGACUCUGGACAGAAUGCCUGGCUCUCCUAUAAACUGCAGAAAGCCACAGACAGGGCGCUGUUUGAAGUGGGCUUACAGAAUGGAGAAAUAAGAACUAUCCGCCAGGUGACUGAUAAAGAUGCUGUGAAACAAAGACUGACUGUUAUAGUGGAGGACAACGGGCAGCCCUCUCGUUCAGCUACAGUCAUUGUUAACGUGGCGGUGGCGGACAGCUUCCCUGAAGUGCUGUCAGAGUUCACUGACUUUACACACGACAAGGAGUACAAUGAUAACCUGACUUUUUACUUAGUGUUGGCUCUGGCUGUAGUUUCCUUCCUCUUCAUCACGUGUUUAGUGGUUAUUAUAUCAGUGAAAAUCUACAGAUGGAGACAGUCUCGCACCCUGUAUCACUCCAAUCUCCCUGUGAUUCCAUAUUAUCCACCACGUUACUCAGACACUUUGGGGACAGGGACUCUCCAACACGUGUACAAUUACGAGGUGUGCAGGACGACUGACUCCAGAAAGAGUGACUGUAAGUUCGGCAGAGCUGGUAGUCAAAACGUGCUGAUAAUGGACCCCAGUUCUACAGGGACGAUGCAGCGGAUACAGAGUGAAAAGAGCAUCCUGGAUGAACCAGACUCUCCUCUAGAGGAAAUGUAA